AUGGCUUCAUAUUUUCCUGUUCUUUGCAUAUCGUUUGUACUCAUUUCGGUUGCUUUAGCAUCAGAUCCCAGCCCUCUGCAGGACUUCUGUGUUUCAAUCCCGAAUAGCCCAGUUAUAGUGAACGGCUUUGCUUGCAAGGAUCCAAAACUUGUGCAAGCAAAUGAUUUUUUCUUUAGUGGCCUUCACCUAGCUGGCAACACAUCAAAUGCAGUUGGAUCAAGAGCAACUCCUGUAAGUGUUGCCCAAAUUCCAGGGCUCAACACUUUAGGAAUAUCUUUGGCACGAUUGGAUUAUGCAUCUUGGGGUCUUAACCCUCCACAUACUCAUCCUCGAGCUACUGAAAUUUUAACUGUCCUAGAGGGUACUCUUCUAGUAGGUUUUGUCACCUCGAACCCUGAAAAUCGUCUCUUAACCAAAGUUUUGCAAAAGGGAGAUGUGUUCGUGUUCCCAGCAGGUCUCAUACAUUUCCAGCACAAUGUCGGGUAUAAGAAUGCUGUUGCCGUUGCUGCCCUUAGCAGCCAGAAUCCUGGAGUCAUCACCAUUGGAAAUGCAGUUUUUGGUUCGAAACCAGCUAUUGGUAGUGAUAUUCUUGCAAAGGCCUUCCAAGUUGACGGAAACAUAAUCAAUCAGAUACAAUCCCGAUUCUAG